UGACUGCUCUGCACACGAGACCGAGCGAGAGCAGAGAACAGACCCCCUCCCCACCCUCCGCCAGACCACUCAUGCUGACGGACACACCGCCCGAAAAAGCCUCCUCACCUCUGCGGACGUCGGACUGUGCGGCUGUGACAGGAUGGACCUUCUAGACAGCGGCUACCUGGACGCGCGCUCGCCCUACGACAACACUUUCAAUUUCUGGAACGACUACCUCGGGCUGUCGACACUGGUCGCCAAAAACAAGAUCAACAGCGCGUCCUGCGGACCCAACUCCAUCACGGAGUCCCUGAAAGCGACGCUGGGCUUGGAGGACGACUCGCCGGUGUGCUCCUGCGUAAUCGGGCACGGCGACGCACACCUGGACUGCUGCUGCGCGGCCCCGGGCUCCCCGCCGAUCUCCAUCUACGACCUGAGGGAGCGCAUCGCGCUGCUGAGGCCCUACGAGCACCUGGCCGGCGACUCGCCGCCGGGAGGCAGAGACUCGCCCCCUUACAGGGGCAGCUUCGCCGGCCUCGACCUGCUCUCCGCGGACCGGAGGCGCAAACUGACCCAGAGGGGCAAGCCGGAGCCGAAGGUGUGCGUCUUCUGUCGGAAUAACGGCGCGCCGGAGGAGGUUUACGGCACCCACAUCCUGAAGACGGCGGACGGCAGGGUGCUGUGCCCCAUCCUGCGCGCGUACACCUGCCCGCUGUGCAGCGCCAACGGCGACAACGCGCACACCAUCAAGUACUGCCCGCUGUCCAGAGAGCAGCCGGGCCAGAGAGCGGCGAAGGGCGGCCGCGCGACGGGCAAACGGAUGAAAGUCUUCUGAGGCAGAAGAGGCGAAGGGAGUUUGAGUUGCACUGUAAAUGACUUGUGUGUAUGGCCGUGAUUUUGCCCCCACGACCCGCUCUCCAUGGCAUGCACUAGAAAAGUCUGGUGCAAAAGAUGUUCCUCUAUUUUCUUGGUCGCCGCUUCAUUUGUAAUGUUUUUCUCUCUUUGGGCACAUAGUUUACUUGGAUGCAUUGCGCGCGCCCCCCCCAUCCAGCACUCUUAAAGACUUGGUGAAAAUGAACCAAAGUACUGUACAGAUCGACCUGUGAAUGACCACCUUCAUGCUGCGAUCAGAAGCACAGUGCGCGUGCAUGUCCGCGCGCUGCUCUGGGUUUAUUAUGAUGAGAUGCCAACAUGAAUAUGCAGCACUCCUGAUAUGAGAUAUGAAUGUCAAGUCCCCUUUGUCGGCCGUUCAAGAUGUACUUCUUUAUAUCGAGCACACUUUUUUUCUUCCUGCAGAUAAAUGUUUUCUACCAAAGGAAUACACUUUUGUAUUGAAACCUAAAGGGUCACGUCUGUAUAUUGUUUAUAUGUUGUAUCACGUCUUAUAUUCAUGAUGUGAUUUCAUGUGGAUAGUUUUUUGCAAAUUACACCUGAAUGUAAAAGGAAGAUCUCUCUUCAAGUAGCUCCAAGCUCUAUUAUUUCAGUUCCCUGUUCAAAAACAAAGAUGCUGAAUAGAUUUUUUUUUCAAGUGGAAUUGUAUUUCUGCAACUCUUGUAAAUGUAAUUGAGGGGUGAAACAUUUUAGCAAUGCAAAGCCUGACAUUCCAAAGUCUCUAUCUGUUAAUAGAAAGGUUUUAUGUACUUUUAUUUUUACUUUAUGUAUAUUCGCUGUAAAUGACUCUGAAUAAACGUGUAAUUUGCAUUUUUCUUGA